ACAAGACAAAAAGAAGAAGAAGCGGAGGGGGCAUUGCCAAUCGCUGAAGAUUUUGUAGAUUCGUUAGUUCUUUUGAAAAUUGAGAAUGACAGGCAAUACAGGACUGCAGUUUGUGAGCCCUUAUGCCUUUGAGGCCAUUCAGAAGGUGGACGUGAUGCGGCUGGCAGGUCUAAGUGAUCCCGAACUGAGGCUUUUGCUGCCGUGCCUCGUGAGGAUGGCGCUGUGCGCUCCUGCUGAUCAAAGCAAUGCUUGGGCUCAGGACAAGAAGCAGAUCCUGCGCCUACUUGCUGGUGUGGAGGCAGUAAACUCUAUAGUGGCACUGCUUUCUGUGGAUUUCCAUGCUCUGGAACAGGAUGCCAGGAAAGAGCAGCAGCUUAGACAUAAGGCAGGCGGGUCAAACAGUGAGAGUAUUCUAGUCUCUCAGUUACAGCAUGGUCUCGCCUUGGAGUUUGAACACAGUGAUCCUCUUAGGAGACUUAGACUGGUUCUUAGUGAGCUCCUGGCAAUCAUGCACAAGGUAGCUGACCCCACCAGGGAAUUUUUCCUCAUGUCCUCUGAACUGUUUGAAAGUCCAGUGUACCUGGAAGAGGUGGCUGAUGUUCUUUGCAUUCUUCAAGCAGAACUGCCCUCUUUAUUGCCUGUUGUUGAUGUUGCUGAGGCCCUACUGCAUGUACGAAAUGGAGAGUGGUUUCUCUGUCUCCUUGUUGCCAAUGUCCCAGAUAGCUUCAAUGAAGUAUGCCGCGGCCUUAUAAAAAGUGGUGAACGUCAAGAUGAGGAAAGUGUGGGUGGAAGACACAGGACUGAGGCACUAAGGCAGCUGUGUCAGAUGAACCCAACGCAAGCCUUUAACAUCAGAGCAAUGGUGGUGGAAGAGUGUCACCUGCCAGGUUUAGGAGUGGGUUUAACAUUGGAUUAUAAGCCAGGUAGUACGGACAAAGCUGUUAGUCCUUUAGUGUCUUAUGUCAGUGGUCUGCUCCUGGGCACCAACAGCAAAGUGCGCACAUGGUUUGGAAUGUUCAUUCGCAAUGGGCAACAGAGAAAGAGUCAAAGUAGUUCAGUUUUAUGGCAAAUGCGGAGACAACUGCUGUUGGAACUGGUAGCCAUCUUGCCUUGCUCACACAGUACCCUUGUGCCCAGUGAGACAAUGCUCAGUCCUGAAGUGGAGAACGCUGCGCACUCAACCCUGAGAGAGGAGCAUGUGGUGAAAGCCAGUUCCUUACUCAGACUUUACUGCGCUCUUAUGGGCAUCGCUGGUCUCAGACCCACAGAUGAGGAGGCUGAGCAGCUGCUCCAGCUAAUGACCAGCCGCCCCCCUGCUACACCUGCUGGGGUCCGUUUUGUCUCACUGUCGUUUUGCAAAUUACUUGCCUUCCCUACACUUGUAAGUACGCCGGAACAGGAGCAGCUAAUGGUAAUGUGGCUCAGUUGGAUGAUUAAAGAGGAAGAGUACUUUGAAAGUGCUGCUGGUGUUUCUGCUUCUUUUGGAGAGAUGCUAUUGCUUGUUGCUAUGUAUUUCCAUACCAACCAGCUCAGUUCCAUUAUUGAGCUAGUCUGCUCCACUCUAGGAAUGAAGAUUGCCAUCAAGCCCAGUUCUCUAAACAAAAUGAAGACAAUAUUUACCCAUGAGAUCUUCACUGAGCAGGUGGUUACUGCCCAUGCGGUCAGAGUGGCAGUCACCAGUAACCUGAGUGCCAAUAUUACUGGCUUCUUACCCAUUCACUGUAUUCACCAGCUCCUUAAAAGUAGAGCCUUCACCAAGCACAAAGUAUCUAUAAAGGAUUGGAUCUUUAGACAGUUGUGUGAGACCACCACACCUCUUCACACUCAACUCCUUCCUCUCAUUGAUGUUUACAUUACUUCUAUUCUUACACCUGCCUCUAAGGCACAUCCAGAGGCUACCAACCAGCCGAUCACAGAGCAGGAGAUUCUUAAUGUUUUUAAAGGUCGGACAUGGGGAGCUACAGGGAAAGGACAUUUUCAGUAUAGCAUUACCACUCAGCUACUGAUUCUCUAUUACAUUCUGUCUUAUGAAGAGGCUCUACUGGCCAACAGCAAAGCACUUGUCCUGAUGCAGAAGAAGCCAAAGUCCUACUCUGCUACUCUAAUGGACCAGAUCCCUAUUAAAUAUCUCAUCUGUCAGGCUCAGGGAUUGCAUAAGGAAUUGGGGGGACUGCAUUCUGCUUUGUUGCGUCUCCUGGCCACCAACUACCCUCAUCUGUGCAUGGUAGAAGACUGGAUUUGUGAGGAGGAGGUGACUGGUACUGUUCCCCUCAUGCGCAAGAUGUUGCUCAACAGCCCAGCGUGCAAGUACUCGUAUGUCCAGUUGCACAAGGCCUUCCAGAAUAUGAGACAGAGUGGGCACAUACUGCUGCAGAUCCUGGAGUAUUUGACCCUACUGAGUGCCGGGAAUUUAAUCCCCUAUGCAGAAGCAUUGACCACUAAUAUGGGCCUGCUACUGGAGGACAGCGUUUCCCGCAGAGUGUUGCAGACUGUUAACAAGCUCUGGAUGGUACUCAAUACAGUCAUGCCACGCAGGCUCUGGGUGAUGACAGUAAAUGCUUUGCAGCCAUCUGUCAAGCAUCUUAGAAAGCACUGCUACACCCAAAAUGAUCUGCUAGUUGACCCUCUCACUGUAUUGCGAUGUGACCCCAGAGUGUUAAGGUGUCCUCCCCUGAUGGAGAUCAUGUUACACAUUUUGAACGGCUACUUAAAGGCAUCCAAGGCCUACUUAAAUGCCCACCUGAAAGAGACUGCUGAAUUUGAAAGGCAGAAUCAAACUAUCUCAAACCUAGGGAUUGCUGGUCAGCCUGAUACACCAGAGGUCACAAGGGAGGAGUUAAAAAAUGCUCUACUAGCUGCACAGGACAGUGCAGCAGUGCAGAUCUUAUUGGAGAUAUGUCAGCCCUUCUCCCAGGAUGAGCAACAACUGAGCAGAGAAGGUUCAUGUUCCAUGAGAAGUGUUCAUUCUGCUGAGGUUCUUACUGAAAGAGAGAAGAGAAAAGCACAAGAGAGAGAAAAGCACUUCUGCACACCCUGCUGGCCACUGAAGCCCAAGGCUAAAAAGGGAACUGAGGGGGGAUUACUCAGUGACAUCAGGGAAGUACAGUGCCUCAUUUGCUCCCUCCUACAUCAGAUGUUUAUUGCAGAUCCCAACAUCGCCAAACUACUGCACUUCCAGGGUUAUCCUCAGGAUCUGCUACCCCUGACUGUUGCUGGCAUUCCUUCCAUGCACAUCUGUUUAGACUUUAUUCCCGAGCUCUUGGCACAACCUCAGCUUGAGAAACAGAUUUUUGCAAUCCAGCUUCUGUCUCACCUUUGCACACAGUAUGCUCUGCCUAAAUCCCUUACUGUGGCACGCCUGGCUAUCAGUGUGAUGAAUACCCUGCUCACAAUCCUAACACGUACCAAGCGCUUUACUUUCUUCAUGCCCACCUUACCAUGUUUGGUGUCCGUUUGCUGGGCUUUUCCUCCACUCUACGAUGAUGUGGCAUCCUUGCUGGUGCAACUGGGCCAAGUUUGUGCUGCUGAUGUCGCUGCUAAAGCCCGGGACAUAGACCCAUUUAUUGCCAGGCUACAGUAUCUGAGGCAGAGGUCACAGAAUUCACUGGAUCCAUCUGUGGGAUUGUUUAGAGUGGCUGUGUCUGAGAUAUUUGCUGAUGAUCUGUGUGGAGCUGAUCCAGAUGUCCAGCUGUGUUACUGUAUAGAAGCGACCUUCAUGAGCAUCAUUACUACCAGUACCGAAGGAUUGUAAAAGGCUACAGUAUUUGAGGGAAAGGUCACAGAAUUCAUUGGAGCCACAUAUUGGACUGUUCAAAGUGUGUGUGCGCCUACGAGAUUUGCUGAAGAACUGUGUGGAGUUAACAAGGAUGUCCAGCUGUGUUAUUGUAUACAAUGAUCUUCAUGGACAAACCUAGCAGUACCCAAGGAUUCUGGUAAAAAUAAGACAAAGUUAAAAAGACCAAAGAUUUUUCCCUUUUUAAUAUUGCAUGCAAUAUAAUGUUGACAUGUCAAAAACAUCUUGCAGCUACAAAACAUAAAAUCAUAAUUAUUACAAAUAUACAUAUACAGUCUUAAAGGACAUUAGUAAAAAACUAGUUAUAUUAAGGACCAUUUCUUAUUUCAGGACCAUUAGUUAUAUGGUUCUUAAUUUUUUUUUUCUUUUUUAGUACAAUUUUUUAGUACAGUGCAUAUGAGCCAAUUUGUUUGUCUUUUGUACAGGAAUUGCCUUUAUUAGAGCAUAACAAACCACUUCUCUGAAAAGUAGCUUUGCCAUAAAUAGCUACCAUUCACUGAUGGUAUAGUGUUAUUGGUUUGUUUUCUGGACUACAAAUAUAUAUAUUUUUAUGCUUCAUAUUAUUUUCUGCUGCCUUUGAUUUGAAAUGUAAAUAAAACAAUUUAUUUGUGUGAUUGUGAUAAUUUUGAAGCUAAAUAAAUUUUGGAAUUUAAAAA